AUGCCGGCCCCGCAGAGCCGCUCCGUGUUCGAGGCCGCCCGCGACCCCGCCUUCCUGCACGGGCUGGCCCUCGUCGCUGCCUUCCCGGGGGACGCGUCCGCGGCGCAGCCGGCGCCCCCAGGCCACGAGAGAGCUGCAGUCACCAGGGGUGAGAAGAGGGCGCGAGGGGCCCCCGAGGUGCCCGAGCGCAUGUUCUGCUCCACGUGUGCGCAGGCGUUUGACAGCCGCGAGGAGCAGACUGAGCACUACCGCCUGGACUGGCACCGCUUCAACCUGAAGCAGCGGCUCCGGGGGCGUCGGGCGCUGCCAGCUGACAGCUUUGAGGAGAAGACCCGUUCAGGUGAUGUUUCCAGCAUCUCAGGAUCUGAUUCGGAGAGCUCCGACUCGAGCAGUGAGUCAGAUUCACUGCCUCCUGCCAACGAUAGUCCUGGGACCCCUCAGAUUCCCCGCUCCCACAAGGUGCUUUUCAGGAACGCGAGGGGCCAGCUCAUCUCUGCCUACCGCUGUGUGCUGGGCACUGGACAGGGUGUCAGUGAGGAGCCGGCGGAGCUGGUGGCGUCGCUGCAGAGCAUCAGCGCGAGCGCGCGCUGGGUGGUGCUGAUGAUGGGCGGCGGGCACUUUGCGGGAGCCGUCUUCCAGGGCCCUGAGGUGCAGGAGCACAAGACCUUCCACCGCUACACCGAAAUCCAGGACCUGCUGGCGGGCUGGGCACACCACUUGCAGGAAGCCGAGCGCAUCUUCCUCCGGGCCCCCCGCCAAAACCGGGCGCUGCUCUUUGGUGGCAGAAACCCCCCCCUUACCCGGGGAGACCCCCGCGUGCAGCACAUCCCCCUGAGCACCCGCAGGGCCACGCUGUGGGAGGUGCUGCGGGAGCACGGCACGCUAACCAGCCUGCAGGUGUACGGGAAGGACACACCGCUAGAAGAUGUCACUGGGACCCCCCGGAAGGGCUGGCACAAGGGGCAGCGAGUGGCAGAAACAGAUCCCUUGCGGGAGGACGUAAAUGCCCCUGCCCUCUCACCCCCCGCAGCCCUGGAGGAGGAAGAAGAGGACAGCCUGGCAGGGGAGCUGGAGGCCGUGGAGGUUACACUAGGGACCUUGGAUCUCCGGGAGUUUGAGGUGAUGCCCAAGCGAAACCGCAAGAGGAGGAGGAAGAGGGACAAGAAGGUGGAGACAGGGUGCCGUGCUGAGGAGACGGACAGCCUGGAGCUGGCAACGGAGCCGCAAGAGGAGGCUGGGGCUGAGCCCCUCUCCUGGGCCAGCAAAGGAGAUCCCCAGGCCGAGCUCCGUGACGCCCUGUUCACAGCCUGCAAGACGGGGGACGUGGGGACCCUGCGGCACCUCCUGGCUGUGCCGGAGAGUGGGAGCCCAGCGGGGAACAGCGAGGGUGGGCAGGAGGCUGCUCCCUGCUCUCUGCUCAACCAGCCUGUGGAUGAGCGUGGCUGCACCCUGCUGCACGUGGCAGCACGUGCAGGGAAGGCCGAGGCCGUGUACCUGUUGCUGGAGGCAGGGGCUGACCCUGCGCUCAGAGACAGGCAGGAGCAGCCGCCCUACUGUGUCUCUGCCGACAAACCGACCCGCAACGCCUUCCGCAAGUUCGUGGUGGACCACCCGGACCGGUACGACUACAGCCGUGCCAAGGUGCCCGGGCCCUUAACACCGGAGAUGGAGGCCAAGAAGCUGGAGAAGAAGCGGGCACAGAAAGCCCAGCGCAAGCAGCGGGAGCAGGCGCAGCGGGAGGAGCGGCAGCGCUGGGAGCAGGAGCAGGCCGAGAAGCAGCGCUUUGCUGCCCUGUCGGACAGGGAGAAGAGGGCCCUGGCUGCUGAGCGGAGGCUGGCUGCUCAGCUGCAGGAUGCCAGCUCGUCCCUCGCUGACGUCAGCCGCUGCUGGCAGUGUGGCGAGUCCCUGUCGGCCCGGAUCCCUUUCCACUACCUCGACUUCUCCUUCUGCUCCACGGCCUGCCUGCAAACACACCGCCGAGCCCGGGCCAGCCACACGUAGGGCCGGGGGC